AUGACUUUGGAUCCAGUUGCUAUUACUUUUCGUUUAGACGGUCUACUCGGCAGUUUGUCUAGUUACAAAAAUAGCGAAAAGGAACUAUUAUCAAUUAUUAAAGUUUUCGAAGAACUUAAUAAAGAAAAGAAGCGGAUGGAGAAAACGGCCCGGGACCCAAAAAUUUCCGGAGGCAUUUUAGCCAAAAUGGAUAUUGAUAAUAUUUUAGCCAACAUUCAGGAAAAAAUAAAUAAUUCAGGAGACAAAAAGUUGAUUGAAACCAAAGAAAAGGAUUUAUUAUUUACUUUAAAAGUAGUUUUAGAAAUGGAAAUAAAAGGCUUAAAAUUUGCCCGGGGUUUAGAUUUUAAUAACUCUGAAAUCAAAGACUUCAAAAUCGAGAACAAUACUAUCUAUUUUCCUUUUACGGCCAUUGCUGGAAUUGGAGAAAAAGUGGCUCAAAAGAUUAUUGCUUAUCGUCGAGAAAAGAAAAAAAUUACUAGCAGUUGGAAAGAGGAGUUGGCUAAAAUAUUAAAUAUUAAUCAUAUUCAGCGAUUAGAAAAUCUGGAAAAACAUAAUUUGGAAAUUCCACCGGAGCAGCCAACAGAUAGUCCUUUUUCUCCCCCACCCGUCCCCAAUAAUAACUACUCCGCAAAAACUCUGGCUCGGGUCAUUAAAGACGAUUUACAAGACGCUUUGACCAAUGAAAGCCGCUUAAAAAAAUAUUUUUUGGAUUAUCAGUUAUUUGAAGAUGGGGAUAUUACAAUAUAUACCAAGGAAAACGAAAAAUUAAACGAGGAAUUAAAAGAAAAUUUUAACCGCCACUAUCAGCAAAGAAAAGAAAAAUGA